AUGACUGGUAAAAUUGAAAAGGAUGACAAUUCAAAAGAAGGAAGGGCUGGCUCGGGAUCUAAUGCUGUUGUACCCGGAAUAUCAGAUGCCAACGAGUUAAGUGAUGGAGAAGAGAUUAGAGAAGAGGAUAAACAAAAUCAAACAGGCAGUUCUGGUCAAGAUGAAGAGGCAGAGUUCAAAAAUCUGAUUUUCCAAGGAGUUCCGAACUCUUCAAUUCGCCACCGAAGAUACAGCCACAAUGCUAUUUCGAAUGAGGUGGGUAACGACGAAAGGGAAGAUCAAGUCAAUUGGCUUAGAAAGAUGAAUCCACAAGAAUCUUUCCAUGGCUGGAAAAAGGAGUUUGGGCAAGCUUUUAAGAAAAUAUCGAAACUUACGUCAAGAAGGAACACGCGGGACUCCCUGGGCAGGGCUACCAAGUCUCCGCAACCUGUCGCCAACGAAGAAGAUGCCUACACUCGUAGCCUUGCGUCCGAUUUGAUUGAUACUUUGAUUUCUGGCUGCCCAGCGGCACUGUUUGCAAGUUGUAUGUUUCUUAGAGACGAACAUGGUGUGAGACGAGCACCAUUGCUUCUCGCAAUGUUAGGAGUGAAAGUCACUCCCUUAACCAAUAGCGAUACCGCAUUAUUCAGUGGUACUUCACGCCAAUCAUCCGAACAUACCGAUAGCUCUUCUCUUUUGGACAGCGUUGAGGUACAAAAAUUUGACACCAAGUACAAAGUGGAAUUGGAGUACGGUGUUGGUUAUAAUAGAUUAAAAUGGGUUGUGAUAAAAAGCUAUAAAGACUUAGUAUCAUUACACGCUAAAUUAAAACUCGUGUCAUUCCAGCAAAAUACGAUAAACAAACUGUACAUCGAUCACAACAGAUUUCAACGAAUUCAUUUGCCCCACUUUCCACGGUUUGACGAUCACAUAAAAGUAGCACGGAACAGUGAAAAUGGUGAAAAGCAUCAUCAAAGAGAAAGCAAUGGGAAUGUAUCUCCGGGCCGACCCAAUACACUUGAUUUACAAGAGGACACAGAUACGCUUCCUUCUCCUAGGUCAUCUGUUCAAUUCGAAGUGAAGAAAUUUCGCAUGAAACAUUUAGAGGAUCUUCUGGAAGAUCAAAACAACUUUUCGCAACCAAUGCACUUACGGCUAGAAAGAUACUUGAAGCUUUUAAACUUGGCCCUUAGUCUCAGGCCACAGUCAAACAGACUAUUUCAAUUCUACGAACUUUCUCCAAUUGGCUAUCUCUUGAGUUAUGAGAACGGGUUUCAAGGAAAACAAGGAUAUAUGGUCGUCAGAAGCACGGCAAAAUCUCAAGGUUGGAGGGUCUCGCAUUUCAAAUUUAAUGAUUUCAGGGCAAUGAUUGAAAGGCAUACAAACAAAUGGUUUCUGGUACGCCAUUCAUAUAUCAUGUAUGUUUCAGAUCUUUAUUCCACAACCCCUCUUGAUGUGUUUAUGGUUGAUUCAAAGUUUAAAAUUAGAACCUCUGGGGAGUUUGAUGGUAAUAUUGAUGAGAUGAAAGAGUUUGAUCCAUUGAAUGAUAACUCCAAGAAGCUAUCCACAAAUUUACUUAUCACGUUAGAAAAUAGUGAGAGAAAACUCCAAAUGAUAGUUAAAUCAGAGUACGUUUGGAAGCUCUGGGUUAACUCAAUCUCUCAAAUGGUUAAAUCUACUAUAUGGUCACAACCAAAAAGGUUUGAUAGUUUUGCACCUGUGAGGCAAAACUGUUUCUGCAAGUUUUUAGUUGAUGGUCGAGAUUACUUUUGGGCACUCAGUGAAGCUCUAUCCAUGGCCCAGGAUGUCAUUUUCAUCCAUGACUGGUGGCUCUCACCAGAGUUAUACAUGCGGCGUCCAGUUAAAGGUAAUCAGCAGCAUAGAAUUGAUAGGAUAUUGAAAGAAAGAGCUGAAAAAGGUGUGAAAAUAUUCAUUGUGGUAUAUCGCAAUGUUGGGACGACGGUAGGUACAGAUUCAUCCUGGACAAAACAUUCGAUGUUAAGUCUGCACCCAAAUAUUCACUUAAUUCGUUCUCCAAAUCAGUGGCUUCAAAACACGUAUUUUUGGGCACAUCAUGAAAAAAUGACCGUCAUAGAUCAUAGCAUCGCUUUUAUGGGUGGUAUCGACCUUUGUUAUGGUAGGUACGAUACGCCCCAACACGUUCUGCGAGAUGAUAAAUCCAACUUGCAAGAUCAAAUAUUUCCAGGAAAAGACUAUUCUAAUGCUCGAAUCUGCGACUUCUAUGAUCUAGAUAAGCCAUUCGAAUCGAUGUACGAUCGAACUGUGGUACCUAGAAUGCCCUGGCAUGAUGUACACAUGAUGACAGUUGGUGAGCCAGCUAGAGACAUGUCGCGCCACUUUGUUCAAAGGUGGAAUUAUUUGCUAAGACAAAAGAGGCCAAGUAGGCCUACGCCUUUGUUAACCCCCCCUAGCGAUUUUACUCCAGAAGAGCUUGCUAAUUCACCUUUCUUCCGCAGUUUAAAGAAUAGGUCAACAUGUGAAGUUCAAGUACUCCGCAGUACUGGAAACUGGUCGCUUGGCCUCAAAGAGACGGAAAAAUCUAUUCAAAAUGCAUAUCUUAAACUGAUUGAAACGUCUCAACAUUAUAUAUACAUUGAAAAUCAAUUUUUCGUCACCUCGUCUAGCUGGGACGGUGUCGUGGUCGAAAACAAAAUAGGCGAUGCUCUAGUUGAUCGAAUCAUCAAGGCAAACUGCGAGGGAAAACCAUGGAAAGCAUUCAUAAUUAUCCCAUUAAUGCCAGGGUUUGACUCCCAGGUGGACCAACCAGAAGGAUCAAGUGUACGUGUGAUUAUGCAAUGUCAGUACCAAUCGAUAUCAAGAGGUGAUACCUCUAUAUUUGCGCGAUUGAAGAAAUUGGACAUAAAUCCUCUUCAGUACAUUCAGUUUUUCUCCCUUAGAAAGUGGUCCACCAUUGGACCAAAUGAUAAGUUGGUGACCGAGCAAUUGUACGUUCAUGGAAAAGUUCUCUUAGUUGAUGAUCGUAGUUGUAUCAUUGGCAGUGCAAAUGUGAACGAAAGAUCAAUGCUCGGAAAUCGAGAUAGCGAAGUUGCUGCACUAAUAAGAGACACUGAUUUGGUAAAAUCACAAAUGGACGGAAAGCCAUAUAUGGCGGGAAGAUUUGCAUGGGAACUGAGACAGCGUCUAAUGCGGGAACAUUUGGGAUGUGAUGUUGAUAUUGUUGAAAUUGUCGAAAGGAUUUUUGGGAGACUUGAGCAGAUUUCUCAAUUAAAUUAUAAAACUCUCAGUACCCUAACCGAUGAUGGUGAAGACAAAAAGUCUAAAAUAGUUUCAGCUUUUAUUGAGAUGGGAUACAGAGAGGUGAUGGAUGUUGAAGCAAGUGAUAAAUGGAAAACUAAAUAUGGCUCAACUGUCAAAAAUUUUGGAAUCAAAGAAGAACUGGAUAGCACCCUAAAUGACGAGUUGCCAGAGCACUUAAAGAAUACAGACGGAAAAAAAAAGUUAAUGCUUCCAAAUAGAAGUCACAAACCUUCAUAUAUUGAUCACUAUCAUUCUUUCAAUAAUCGGGCAGGUGAAGCUAAUAUAGGUAUUCGUGACAAAAAGCCGAUAAGUACUGAUUCUCGUCUUGUCAACAAUGAAAAGCAUAUCGAAGACGUUGAGGGUCUGGGUCCUGAUGGCUGGAAAGAAACAACAACUAACUUGAAAGAAAAUGUUACGCAACAACUUAGGUCUUGGGCCGAGACGAUUUUUGCAAUGGGAACUGCUCAGAAGAAAAAGCACCGUACAAUGCCCUCAUUUUUACCAAAUCGCGAAGAUGUCGAAGCAUAUUUAGAUGAAAGUCAAGUCGACGAUAUCGACAAGUGGGACAUGCUAAAGAGAAUAUCCUACUUGCAACACUUAUCAUACAAGAACAAGAAUAAGUGCGAAUUUGCUGCUUCAAAUGAAUCCAAGAAAUCUUCCAUAAGCUCAACAUCGUGCAAUUCAGGCGAUGCAUCGAAGAAAUUCGGGCAAGAAAGUAAUUCUUCUCAUGCAACUCACGCUAAUAUAUUGGAGGAACAGGAGCUAGAUGAUGAUUUGAUUGACGAAAUGAUGCUCCAGUUGCUCCCUCCUGUGGGAAAUCACCCAUCUAAGCCCAAAACUUUCCUAAACCUAAAUUUCAUCGACCCGUACGCAUUCGAAGAUCCUCUCACGGACUUCUUCUAUGAGGAUAUGUGGUUCUCGGUUGCACUACGAAACACACUUCUCUUCAGGCUAGUCUUCCAUUGCCAACCCGAUAACUCGGUACAGACAUGGAGAGACUACAAAGACUUCAGAAGAAUGGCUAAGGAUUUUGACGAUAGCCAGGAUGCCCUUAUCAAGCUCGAAAACCCUCAAAAAAACGAUGAAGAUGUUAAACCAGAGGAUGUUAAUCGUCUGUUGGCUAAAAAUGAUCCCCAGCAGGACGUCUCUCCUCGUUCUGAAGAUCCUACUAAUUUAGGCAUAGGAGUUUCUGACGAUGAGCAUCCGCGUACCACGAAGCAUCAGGUAGAACUACCAGCAGGAUCAGAACGCAAGAGCAAGUCGGCUGCACUCAAAAUGAAGCUUUCAAGCAGUGUCCUAUAUGGUGCUAAUCAAAGACUGUUUGAUAAACACACCGCGCAGCGACUACUUUCAAGAAUUCAUGGUCAUUUGGUAAUUUUUCCAACUGACUGGCUAGCAAAAGAGCUCGAAUCCAAGAACUGGUUUUACAGUGCUGACAGAUUACCCCCAAUAGAUAUUUACGAUUAA